UAUAAAACUUGUGCAGCCUUCACUUUCUCCUUCGAAGAAGGCUAAUCGACUUCCACAUCUAGAAGAAACAGCCGCAGCAACAAUGGUGAAGUACUCGAGGGAGCCUGAUAAUAUCACCAAAUCCUGCAAAGCUCGAGGAUCCGACCUCAGAGUUCACUUUAAGAACACUAGGGAAGCAGCGCAUGCCAUCAGGAAGCUCCCUCUAGUCAAGGCCAAGAGGUACUUGGAGGACGUGCUUGCCCACAAACAAGCCAUUCCUUUCACUCGUUUCUGUGGUGGUGUUGGGCGAACUGCUCAGGCCAAGAACAGGCAUUCUAAUGGUCAGGGUCGCUGGCCAGUGAAAUCUGCCAAGUUCAUCUUGGAUUUACUCAAGAAUGCAGAAAGCAAUGCUGAGGUGAAAGGUUUGGAUGUGGAUGCUCUAUUCAUUUCCCACAUUCAGGUUAACCAGGCCCAGAAGCAAAGGCGUCGCACAUACCGUGCUCAUGGAAGGAUUAACCCUUACAUGUCUUCACCUUGCCACAUCGAAUUGAUUUUGUCAGAGAAAGAAGAAUCAGUGAAAAGAGAGGCUGAGUCGCAGUUGGCAACUAGCAAGCCCAGGAAGGCUUGAGCUAUAUUUUGACCUUUUGAGGGAUCCUAAAGUAGUUCGGGUUAUGAAAGUUUGUGUUUUUUUAUUUUGUUUUAAACCAAAGUUCUGUUACCUGUGUUUUGGAUUUUGGAGAUUAAUCUGAGUAUUUAUAUCAUUGUUUGGUUAUGUAUUUUGGAUCCUAAAUUAUGAAAUAGUAACACUAGAAUUAUACUUGAACUUA